AUAACAAAAUAACCUACCCCUCAAUUAAUACACCAGAAAACCAGUUCACACACCAGAGGCAAACAUCUCUUAAACGGCAACUUAAACGUCGUUUGUGAUCUACCAAUGAGAAAAGGCCAAGUUUCAAACGAUCAAAGCGUAGUAAGCACGCUAACAACUUCGACGCGGUUUUGCCGUUAAUAGCCUCCCUUUUCAGUUUUUCUUCUUUGAUUUCCAUAUAUGGCUUCUUGUUCCCCGAUUUCUAUUUCACUUCGUUCCUCACAAAGCUCUCCCUUUCAAGCAAAGCGCACACACACACAGACAGAGAAGGGCUAAAGAGAGAGAGAGAGAGGGUUUUGUGAUUUGAUGUCAUCACCGACGGCGUCGUAUUGGUGCUACAGGUGCAGCCGUUUCGUUCGAGCAUGGAGGCAGGAGGGGGCCGAGGACAGAAUCACUUGUCCAGACUGCGAAACCGGGUUCGUCGAAGAGCUCGAGAUCCAAGAAGACCCGUCCAAUCGGAGAUUGCUUCCUCCGUCUUCUUCUGCGGCUGCCGCGGCAGCCAGCGCCGCUAUGUUAAUGAUUGGUACUCUUCCGACAACAGAUCAAAAUAAUCCUAUUCGUAGAAACCGUAGAAACGCCGGUGACCGCUCCCCGAUUAACCCUGUCAUCGUACUUCGUGGAGGAGGAGGAGCAGGACAAUCCGAUGGUGGUGAGAACGAGGGUAGUAGACGCGGAUUCGAGUUGUAUUAUGACGAUGGAAGUGGGUCUGGGUUGAGACCGUUGCCGCCGAGCAUGUCGGAUUUUUUACUGGGAUCUGGGUUUGAAAGGUUAUUGGAUCAGAUAUCGCAGAUUGAAAUCAAUGGGCUAGGCAGAUACGAGCAUCCGCCGGCGACGAAAUCGGCGAUUGAGUCGAUGCCAACUGUAAUUAUAAGCGAGUGGCACACGUCCAUGGAGUCGCACUGUGCGGUGUGUAAAGAGCCCUUCGAAUUGGAAUCGGAGGCGCGAGAAAUGCCUUGUAAGCACAUAUAUCAUUCGGAUUGUAUACUUCCAUGGCUCUCACUUCGAAAUUCAUGCCCAGUUUGCCGGCACGAGUUGCCUGGGGAUGAUGAAUCGAGUAACGGGCAGGUCUUGGGGGAGAAUAAUAAUGAUAAUGAGGAAGCGGCUGUGGGAUUGACGAUAUGGAGGUUGCCGGGAGGUGGGUAUGCAGUUGGGAGGUUUACGGGAGCAAGGAGUGGGACGAGAGAGCUGCCAAUGGUUUAUACUGAGAUGGACGGUGGGUUUAAUAAUGGGGGUUUGCCUAGGAGCAUAUCAUGGGGGCCAAGGGGAGGGGGCAGAAGUAGAGAGAACGGAGGUGGCGGCGGAGGGGGUGGUGGUAGUUGGCUUGGUUUGGGUCGGGCUUUAAGGCAUUGGUUUACUUGUUUUGGUGGUGAGGUUUCUGGAGAGAACUCAAAUUCAGAUUCGAGAAUUAGGAGGGCAAGAAGUAGGUCUUUUUGGCAUUUUAAUGACACUGCUUCUUCAAGGAGGGGAAGGGUCUGGGAUGUGGAGGUUAAUGGUGGAAGAAGGAGAAGGUGAAAGCUGAAAACUUUGCCUAUGGUGGUGGUGGUUUUAAGUUAUUGUAAAUGUUAAUAUAUGAGAAAGCUGAAGAUAAAAAGACUUCCUUCUUUUGGAAAAUAAGGGAAAUUUGAAGAAAAAGAGUUGAGCAAGAGCAACGCACCAGAGAUUGGCAUUUGCAGAGUUGGAGGUACAGGGCAAGCUCCCCCUGUCUUGGUUUUUUUUUUUCCCCCUUUUUUUCUUUAUAAUUUAUUUAUGUAAUUUAUAGUUAGAAGCGGCUUCUUUCCUUUACUGCAAUUCUUUCCUCGGAAAAUUUAUAAAUCCACUAUUCAUCA